AUGGCUUCAUCCCUUACUGAAAAGUUUCAGGCUGGUGAAUCUUACGGAGAUGAUGAACAGGAUCACUCGAACUUCUUCUCCGACCCCGUGAAGGUGGCUGCAGACAUACUCAAAGAUUAUGUGAGCGUUCGGAGCCAGACUUCCCAGGCUGAGCUUGUGGGCGUCAUUAAGGACUUGCUCCGGAAGGGUGAGCCUCUUGACGAUAAAAAAGGAACGACUGAGGUCCUGAUUGGAAUUCUGACCUCUCUUCCUGCUACCUCAAACGCCCGAGUACAGCUCACCAACAAACUCAUCGACACACUAUGGGACAACCUCCAGCAUCCACCUCUAAGCUACGUUGGUGGUGAUGUCAAGUAUGAGGUUGUCGACGCCAAGGAGUCUAAGAAAGAGACCCAGGUUACCGACUCGAUUGAGUUCAAGGCCCCAGACAGCGAAGUUGUUCUGCGUGAGCAUGUACCCCGAGCACCAGAUGGCCUUUACCAGUACAGGAUGCCUGAUGGAAGCUACAACAACAUCCUUGAGCCCAACCUAGGUAAGGCCGGCACUCCCUACGCUAAGACAGUCCGGACUAUCAAGAGACUCCAUGGUGUCAAGCCUGACCCAGGUUUGCUUUUUGACCUCCUGAUGGCCCGUGACGAGGGUUCGUUCAAGGAGAAUCCCGCUGGAAUCUCGUCCAUGCUCUUUUAUCACGCAUCCGUGAUUAUUCAUGAUAUUUUCCGAACUAAUCGUACGGACAUGAAUAAGUCGGACACCUCAUCCUAUCUUGACCUGGCACCUCUGUACGGCUCAUCACUGAAAGAUCAGCUGGAAAUUCGCACCAUGAAGGAGGGAAGGCUCAAGCCUGAUACCUUUCAUGAAAAACGUCUCCUUGGACAGCCUGCAGGUGUCAGCGUCAUGUUGGUUCUCUACAGCCGCUUCCAUAACUACGUUUGCGACAUUCUACUGAAGAUCAACGAGAACGGGCGCUUCACGCUGCAGUGUCCAGCGGACGCCAACCCCGAGGACAAGGCCAAAGCAGUCGCCAAGCAAGACCAUGACCUUUUCAACACGGCUCGCCUCAUCGUCGGCGGACUUUACGUCAAUAUCAGUCUACACGACUACUUGCGUGCCAUCACUAACACUCAUCAUUCCUUAAGUGACUGGACGCUCGAUCCUCGCGUUGCGAUCGACAAGCAGUUCGACGGUGAAGGCGUGCCUCGCGGGGUUGGUAACCAGGUCAGCGUUGAGUUCAAUUUGCUGUACCGCUUCCACGCUUGUAUUUCGAAAAAGGAUGAGCGCUGGAUCGAUGAGUUUUUCUCCAAGCUCUUCCCUGAUACCAAGCCGGAAGAUCUACAGAACGUGGGCAUGGCUCAGCUUGGCCAGGCUUUAGUCAACUUUGAGCAGAGCAUCCCAAGUGACCCUAGUGUCCGCGUCUUUGGCAACCUCAAGCGCCAGGAAGAUGGCAGCUUCAAAGACGAUGACCUUGUUCGCGUCCUGAAGGAUGCUAUGGACGACCCGGCUGGCUGCUUUGGCGCUCGUAUGGUCCCCAAGGCGCUGAAAAUCGUGGAAAUCCUGGGCAUCAACCAGGCUCGCAAGUGGCAGGUUGGGUCACUGAAUGAGUUCCGAGAGUUCUUCGGCCUAAAGAAGUACGACAAGUUCAGCGAGAUCAACUCGAACCCCGACAUUGCCAAUCUCCUAGAGAAGCUCUACACGGACCCUGACAUGGUUGAACUCUACCCAGGCUUAAUGAUUGAGGAUAUCAAACCUGUCCGCAACACUGGCAGCGGCAUUUGCCCAACAUACUCCGUUGGCCGAGCUGUCCUCUCCGAUGCAGUCACGCUUGUGCGCUCAGACAGAUUCAACACACUCGACUUUACAGUGUCGAAUCUGACGGCGUGGGGCUACAAUGAAGUGCAGCCGGACUAUAAGACCCUCGGAGGCUCAAUGUUGUACAAGCUCAUCCAGAGAGGUCUUCCACGCUGGUUCCCGUACAACUCCAUUGCUAUCAUGCAGCCCAUGUACACCAAAAAGGCCAACGAGAACAUCGCCAAAGAACUCGGCACCUUCCAUCUGUACACAACAGAUGAUCCCAAGCCCCCACCAAAGCCCGUUGUUGUCACCACGAGUGCCGCAAUAAAGCAGGUCCUCAACAACCCCAAGCAGUUCGUUCUGCCAUGGCUCAAGCCCCUCCAGGAUCUGUUCACAGAUUCGAAAAAGGACAUCAGCUGGUUCAUGCUUUCAGGUGACGAGCAGAAGAAUUUCCAACACCGGAUCAAUAUCAAGAAGGCAAUAAGCAAGUUGCCAAAUCUUCAUGAUGCAAUUCAUGGGUUUGUCGAUCGUGUGGGCGCGCUGCUCCUCGAGAAGGAGAGCUUCAAGUUGAAGGAAGGCCUGUACCAGAUGGAUCUCAUUCGUGAUAUCGCAAUCCCACUGAAUGCACAGCUACUCGCCGAUCUUUUCUACUUCGACCUGAAAACAGAUGAGAACCCGAACGGUACCCUCGGAGCAACUGAUCUCUAUCGCCACUUGCUCAACAUUCGCGUCUGGGGCGUCAACGACAACGACCCAGCCCAGUCGUGGAACCGCCGCCGCCGCGCAAUCGAGAGUGCCAAGGUCAUCAUUGAUUCCACCCGCACUCUCGUCAACGAGGUCUCGGCCGGCAAUGGAUUGGGUCUCGGUAUCGCCAACGCUGUCUCUGGCGUGGUCGGACGGAGGGCAAACUUCAAAAAGGAUUCGCUUCGUUCAUGCGGCUACAAGUUCGUCGAAGAGCUCAUGAAACAGGGAAACUCAGCAGAGCAAGUCGUCGACAACCUGUGGCUUACCGCCUUCGGCGGUACCGGCAUCCCUGUUACGGUGUUCUACGAGAUCAUGGAAUUCUUCCUUCGGCCCGAGAACUCUAAUAUCUGGGCUGAAGUUCAGAAUCUCGCUGAGAAGAAGGACGAUGCUGGAAUUCAUGCGUACGUCGUCGAGGCGCAGCGGCUCACCAGCACGCAACGUAACAUGCGCAUUGCUACUGCGCCCGCCGAGCUUGAUGGCCAGCAAGUCCAGCCCGGCAACGCCAUUGUCAUGCUUCUUGGCGAAGCUGCUCGUAACCCGAAAGAGGUUGUCAACGCCGAAAAGUUUGACUCGCAGCGCAAGGCUGAAGAUGUGUCCGCUUUCAGCUACGGCCAGCACGAGUGCUUGGCUAAAGAUUUGGCGAGAACUUUCAUUGUUGGUCUUGUCAAGCUUGUGGCUGGUCUCAAGCAGCUUCGUCCCGCGCCAGGUCAAAUGGGUGUGGUGAAGACAAUUCGCGUGGGUUCCGAGAAGGCUUAUCUGAACGACAGCUGGUCAUAUCUCAGCUUCGAUGCUAGCACAUGGAAGGUUCACUUCGAAGGUCAUGGAAAGGGACCGUUCCAAGGCGACGCUUCCCCUAACAAGCCCAUUGAUUUAGGGCAAUAUUACUACCUGAUUAAAAAACGACAGGACGACUUCCUUAACGAAGCAGCCAGUAUUCUUGGCUAA